AUGGAUGACACCCUCGGACAAGAAGAGGCAGAGACAUUGCAACGUGAUGAUGACACCACGAUUUUGGCUGCGCAGGAGUUUAAUUUGAACCUGUGCCAAUUUGUCGAGGAUGAUAAGUUGGUGCAAGCCAAUCCCGCUGAGCUUACAAUGGACGCGGAUAAAGACGGCUGGAGCUUGGGCAACCUUUUGACGGAGGAAUAG